UGUCGAAGUACUCUUGAUGAACAGGGGCAUUGCAUUAAAUAUUAUUUAAUUGAAGCCUUGGAGCAAUACAAGUCUACAGAUGAUUGUGACAACUUCCAACAGAUCAAGAAGAUUGAAGUAGACUAUAAACAUUAAAUAGACAGAAAGAAAAAUAAUAUCAAAUGAGGCUAUGGGGGGAAUUGGUAGCGGCAGGAAAAAUAAUGAUAAACAGCAUUUUUGGCAAAUUGUAGUCAAAGGGUUAAACAAUUCUAGCUUAAUUCCCAAUCUGUAUAUUCCUGAAUAUACAUGGGUUUUGUUUUAAAAAAAAAUAAGUUUAACAACUUACAGUGGCAAACAAAUGAUGGCUUCUUGCUGAAGAAAAUAUGUUAAGCUACAAGCAGAUCAUUAUCUCACCUCUGAAUCUCAUAUAACAGCACAUAUAUUCUAAAUGAGAAAUGAAAAGACCCCCAGCUUUGAUUUUCUUCCCUCAAGAAAUUUUCAAGGAAUUCUUUGACUGGUGGUGUCCAAUUUUGCUUCUAGAAUGCAUUUCUUAGGGGAUCUGGUUAACCUGUUCAUCUUGCUGUCUGUCGUCUGUGUCCUUUUGAACCUGGCUGGAUUUAUUUUAGGAUGUCAAGGAGCUCAGUUUGUAUCCAGUGUACCCAGAUGUGAUCUGGUGGAUCUGGGUGAAAGUAAGAUAUGCUUCUGCUGUGAAGAAUUUCAUCCAGCAAAAUGCACAGAGAAAGAGAAUGCAUUGAAGCUGUAUCCAGUUCAGUCAUGUAGUGCUGUUCACCUUCUACUCAAGAAAGUUCUUUUUGCUCUGUGCGCCUUGAAUGCUCUGACCACCACAGUUUGCUUGGUAGCAGCUGCCCUGCGUUACCUUCAGAUACUUUCAACAAGAAGAUCAUGCAUAGAUGAAUCUCAGGUAUCUGCAGAGGAAGGUGAAGAACAACACCACGUUUCAGAUCCUGAAGAGUUUGUUCCACCUGUGCCACCUCCAUCAUAUUUUGCAACAUUUUAUUCUUGCACACCCAGAAUGAAUCGCAGAAUGCUCAGUUCUGAUGUUAUUCCAUUGCCACAUAUUUAUGGAGCUAGAAUUAAAGGAGUUGAAGUAUUCUGUCCUCUGGAUCCACCUCCUCCAUAUGAAGCUGUGGUGAGCCAAAUCAGUCGUGAGCAGGAAGGUGCAUUCCAAAUCCCUGAUGGGUCUGAAGCUGUUGCUGUUCCUCCGGAACUGAAUGAUACACAGACCUCUCAAGUACAUGAGGAUAUUCCCAGCUCUUCCAGUAGAGAGAGCCUUCCACCUUCGGAUCCAAGCCCAGAGCCUGCAGUAGCAUGCAAGAGAGUCUUCAGUCCUCUGCGAAAGAGAUCAAAAAGUGACCCUGUGCUCCAUGGCUUGCCACCUAGGGGUCCAGUGUUAAGCUGUGAAGCUGCAACUCAAACAGAGUUAAAACAAGAACUGGCUACUGUCAUUUUACGGAAGAGUUUGAGAGCAAGAGCUUUGAGAGCAAGACCACGGUCCUUGAUAGACUAUAAGUCAUAUAUAGACACUAAACUUCUUGUGGCGAGGUUCCUAGAGCAGUCCUCCUGCAGUAUGACCCCUGAUAUACAUGAAUUGGUGGAAAAUAUCAAAUCCGUUUUAAAGUCAGAUGAAGAGCACAUGGAGGAAGUCAUCACCAGUGCCAAUUUCCUUGAGCAGAUUAUGACUCCUGCUUGUCCAUCUACAUCAAGAGCGCACACACUGCCAUUUAGAAGACACCCAGGACUACUACACCUGGAAAGCUGUGGAGAUCUGAGCACUUUCACUACAGCAGAAAACCAAGUAUCAGAAAGGAGAAACCAAAGAAUAGAGCAUGAGCGACCUCACAGUCUCAUUGGAGUUGUACGAGAAACUGUCCUUUGAUUUGGUGUGUUUCUAAUUCUUAGCUCAGAGUUCCUCCAUCAGACAAAGGCACAGCGUAGGAAAACCAUCUCUGAAAAGCAGGGUGAUGGGAAUGUCACUAUUACUUCCUCCCCUCCCCCCACCCCAAUAGUCUCCUAACGUUGUUUUUGGAACUGUUGACUGGAGACUCUUUGAGAAAAUUAAUUCAACAGAACCUCUUGUUGUUCUGGUUCCUCGCUGGCUUUAAAACAAGGAUAUUCAGGUGUGGUUAGUAUAGUCCAGGAUCAUUAUAGUUUAUGGCUUCUUGGGAUUGCAAUGUUAUGACUAAACCACGUUGUACAGUACAAUGCUUCUAUGCCUUGAGUUCUAUCAUUUGAGGUGAGGUCACUGUACAUACAUUCAUUUGUUUCUUGUCCUACUGAAGAGUGUUGGCCAAAUGAUGCUCUCCCUUUUGUAUAAAUCCGAAAUAAAAAUAUUGAAAUAAAUGAGACAGCUGUUCAGCUCGUUAAAAUUGGCAUAAAUCCCUUGGUUGUGGCAGAGCUGGGGUGAUUUACCUCAGCCAUGUACAUAGCCUGAUGGGUUUGCUCCAGCCUAUUUGUAUUUGUCCAGAACAGUAUGUGUUUUCAUAGGCAUCCUCCUGGUGAAAGUGCUUGUGCCACAACCUUUGGAAAACCUCUUUUUGGACUUGGGAGUCGGGGAGCUGAAAUGACAGCAUGUUGUUUUGGUGCCCUCAAUUACACAGCCCAAACAGCUAAUUAGGAACAGCAAACACUCCAAGUCCCAGUGAAUAGUUUGAGAGCCAUGCCUGGGCUGCUUUAAACUGGCAUCAAAUAGUUAUUUAGUCAUUCUGAACAACAUACAGGUUCAUAAGAGUCUCUUUGCAACUAAUUCUUGAACAGAAAAAAAGCACUAAAUUCCUCAAAUAACUCCUAGUUGGAGACUAGUUUCUCAGGUACUGCUGGUAACCAGGAACAGGUUUCAGCCCUGCUUCUCUAUUUGGCAAGGAUGUAUGGGCUUAAACCAAAGCUCAUUAAAGUCAGUAGGCGUCUUUCCAUUAACUUCCAAGGGCUUUCGAUCAGGCUCAUAGUUUGUACUAUCAAGGCCAUUUGUAGCAGCUUACAGCCUCUUGCAUCUCAGCAAGAUAUGAGUUGUCAUUUAAGCAGGCUGAUUAAAA